AUGGAAGGAGCCAAGGCAGCGGCGGGGCCGGCGGCAGGUGGGCAGCUGGAAUCGGCGCUCCUCCACAUCAUGCAGCAACACCACCACCAAUCCCUCCGCCAGCGCCAACAAACCGAGAGGGCGAAGAAGGACGCCCUGCGGAGCGCGGCGCGGCUCGCCGGUCAUCUCGUGGAGGCCGUCGACGGCGGGGUGCAGGAGCUCUUCGUCAACGAGAAGCGCAUCGAGCUCGAGGCCCGCGCGCUGCUCGGGACCAUCGCGCGGUACAGGAAGCAGAGCGACCAGUGGCUCGCCGCCACCAACGCGGUCAACUCGAUCCUCAAGGUUUUUACAUUAUUAUUACGUAUUAUUGUUGUUACAAAAUGGAUGUGCCUAAUUCACAUGUUUUAG